UGCGCCAUUUUCCUCGGUUCAGACGCACGUGUGUUCGGCGCGCGGCUGCGUGUCAUGAGUUCAGGCCGAUAUAAUCAUAAUAAUAUUAAUUCGUCAUCAUGCCGAAGGUAAAGAGGAGUAAUGUAAGCGGUUCCGGCGUGUCUCUGGCCGAUCAGAUCCUACAGGGAGACACGGUUCGGGCCAGCGGGCGAGUGAAGAACCGAGCCCGGACUCUCGAGGAGCAGGAGUAUGUCGACGAGAAGUUGUCCCGGAGGAUCCUGCAACAGGCCCGGAUCCAGCAGGACGAGCUGCAGACGGAGCUGGGGCUGGCGGCAGAGCCCAAGAGACAGCCCGCGACUCGGCUAGGUGCGAGCGCAGAGGAUGGAGACUCUGACGAGGAGUGGCCGGCUCUGGGUCAUCAUGUGGAGGAGAGCCGAGAGGUGGACGUGGAUCCUGAGGACGAGUUAGCCAUCGAGAUGUUCAUGAACAAGAACCCGCCACUCAGACGCACGCUAGCCGACAUCAUCAUGGAGAAGAUUACGGAGAAGCAGACUGAGGUGGGAACGGUGAUGUCAGAGGUGUCAGGACGAGCCGAUCCUCAGCUGGACCCUCGAGUCGUGCAGGUCUACAGAGGCGUUAGCAAGGUGCGUUAAA